CCUCCAUCAGUUUACUUGACGGUUUUGCCGUCGCCACUCACUCCUAUCUCUUCCUCCCCUACCAGUGUACGGUUUUGUUCCCCUACUGGCCCCCUUAUCACUUGGCUUCCAUUUUUUUUGAAGAUCUCCCCAAGCCGCCGCAAGAAUUGUUCCCUGCAAACUAUUGCUACCCCAGUCAAGCCAUACUUAAGCCUCUAGUAUCGAGGAACAGGGGUCUCCCCCUUGAAGCCCUCCUGAAGAGACCGACCGCCCAAAAUGCCCCCUACUUGGAUUGGAUUGUGCCUUGCCAGAAUUUGCCCCCCGUCCUCACCGGAUCUCUUCCCCAGGUGCCUUCGCUUGAUAUAGCCGCCAUGUAAUUGACGCCCUGAUCCCCAUCCAAUUGUCCGAUGCAAACCAUAAUUCCAAACAGAUGGAAAACCCACUCCAAGAGCAGAGACAAGCCUGGUAUCGACUUAUCAAUCCAAAAGAGAAACGAAAUCUAGAAAAAAUCACCCUAACCAAACAUAUGCCGAAGCAUAAGCAGCGGAACCUUCAAACCUUAGAGAUGGUAAGAGACUGCUUUUUAGUGACGAGCCAUUUAAUGUCAUAGAUUGAAGUAAAUAAUUGUAUAAUGUAAACAUAAGACUAUAGAUUUUAUAUUCUCAAAAUGAGAAAUGGAUGGGAUGAAGCUUUGAUUAUUGCAUGUCCUUGGUAGCUAUAUUCUGGGAAAUCAAACAUCAACAAAACUCCUAGCUAUGUACAUCCAUUUGGCAUAUAAUAUCAACAAGUUCAAUACAUAUCCAUGGAGGAUGUUGUAUGGGAUGAUUUACAAAAAAAGGUAAGGAAGUGUGCAAGUGUUCUUUACCAAGAGCCGAGUGUAAGAUUUACUUUUUCAGGAUAUCUAUUUGUGUUGCAAAUCUGGGCAUAUGAGACAUUUCUAGGGCUUGAAAAAUCAAAAGUGUGUGUGAGGAGGGCAGGAUCAAAGUUGUGGCCUAGGACAGUGCAAUUGUCAGGUCCUGCUAAGCCUUCACACAAAAUACUUGAUGAUGUGAUAUUUAAAAAUGAGCAAGUGCAAUAUGUAAAAAGCUUCAAUGUAUGAAUUGUAUUUUUUUAAUGUAGUAUAGUAAUGUUUUAACGUUAUGUUUGUAGGUAGAAUAGGAAGAAAUUAAGCUCACUCAUACAGAGAUGAAGAUGGACUUGGUGAGUAAAACAUGCACAAUUGAUGGUAAUGAAAUCGAUGUUAAGGAUGGAAGUGAAAGUAAUGAUUUUGAAGAAGGGGUCCCAGGAAAGUGCUACACAAGACAGUAAAGAGUGGUACUAAAGGUGUAAAGAAUAAGGUGACUGCAAGAAGAGCGAGUGGAAAUAUUAAAAAGACAAGUACCAUUGAUGAGAAGGAAUUAAAAUGAUACACAAUAUAAUGGCAACAGUCGCUUUGUAAUGAAAAAGAAUAAAAAGACUAGAAUUGAAGGUGGAAAAGCUGUGUGAGUUGCAAAUGAAGCAAUUUAGCAUGUUGAAGAAAGCUUUAGCGAGUAGAGGCAGAAUGUGGAAGAUUAACAGGAUGAAGAAAGUGUCCAGGAAAGCCGAGAAGAAAGAUAAGGAAGCAAUGCCGAGUUUUGACUUGUAAUUGGAUUUUAAUGAAGACGUGGUAGAGGACAAUGAGCAAGAUGGUAAUGAACUUGGUUCUGAGAGAGAAGACGUGGUUGAUGCGAUGGUUGAAGAUGAUGUCGAAUUGACACAGAAUGACAUGUUCAAGGACAUUGAUGGAAGAAUGAAUACGCAACAACUGGUAAUGGAGGUGGAUUUGAUUGAAAAAAAAUAUGAGGUCUCAUAUGACAGAGCAAGAAUAGCAGCAUGAUUUUCAGAGCAAUGAAGAAAUUGGAGUGCUGGAUACACAACAGCUAUGUGCUGAGGUUGAUAUAAUUUUUGCGCAAUUCAUGGGCAAUGACAAGAUUCCACAAGGAAGUGAAAAAGAUAGUGAAAAGGCCAGUGGACUAGAUGUAAAUGAAAGAGAAGUGGUCACCAUUGACAAGG